AUGUUUCCUUUUAUGCGGCGGGUCUCCUCGAGGCAGGGGCUUGCUUCCGCCUGCAGAAGUGUCAGUGAAAGCAGUGCAGACACCUGCGUCCGCUCAAGGAGGAACUUGCUACAGGAAGGCAGCUGCUGGGGACAGAGUCUCAUUAGCCACGCCUCGAAGAUUCUCCUAGAAAUUCUUCGGCAAAGACUGCAAUACUACCUAGCACCAGAGAUUGCAGAGGAACAGUUUGGGUUCACGGCAGGCAAAGGAACUACUGAUGCCAUUCUAGCUGUCCGAAACAUCAUUCAAAAGGUUGUUAACAAGCAAGAAGAGGAUCAAGUUUGGUUUUUGUUUAUUGAUUACACCAAGGCGUUUGACUCGGUAUUUCAUGAUGCUUUGUGGGAGACCCUAAAGGAUUUUGGAGUACCGAACCACCUUACAUGGCUAUUGAAAGGUUUAUAUGACCAUGCCAUUGGAGUAGUGCAAGUAGACAACCAACACACAGAAGAGUUCCCUUUUCAAAAACGAGGGCAAGGGUGUUUGGUGUCACGUCUCCUGUUCAAUGCCAUAGGAGAAAAGAUUAUGAGAAAAGUACAUGAGAAGGUAGGGGAGAGACCAGGCAAGAUCAUUGGGGGAAGAGCAGUAUGGAAUAUCCGGUAUGCAGAUGACACGACAGUAAUAGCAAAAUCAAGACAAGAAUGCAAUGAGAUGGGUGAAGCAUUAAUGGAUACCAGCCGAGAAGUAGGUCUUACCAUCAACAAGAAAAAGACAUCUGCUAUGAAAAUACAUGGGGAUGGAGAAGUGGAGUUAGGAGAGAAAAUAGAACAUGUGAAAAAAGUUACAUUUUUGGGGUUGUAUGUCACUGAUGAUGGGUACAGCGGAAAUGAUAUAAAGAUAAGAAUUGGACGAGCCAAAUCAGUAACAAACAAAAUGGUUGACGUGUCUAAAGAGCUGGGCACAAAACUUAAGGUGAGGUUAGCCAAAGCACUUGUGGCUUUGGAGACGAGUGAUAAAGUUAAAUGGACAGAGAGAAAGACCAAUGAGUGGGUCAGAGAACAGGUUGGAGUUAAGGAAGAACGGGAUGUGCUAAAUAAUGUGAAUAUGCGAAAGAUCAGGAAAUAUGGACAUUGGAAGAGAAGAGGAGCAAGUUUGGUUCUGACUACCAUUGAAGGAGAGACAGACAGCAGAGGAAGGGUAGGACGCAGACGAGUAGAAUGGAUGGACAACAUCACUGCAUGGGGAAAUGGACUACAGCAGACUUACAAGAGAUCAAUGGUAGCCAAUAUGGAACGAGUCAGUGAAAUCACACUGGAGUAUGAAGUGGGCAUUGAAGAAAGCAUCAGCAAAACAUCGGUAACUCCAAGAAGUGCACGUCCGGCCUAUGGGGUGCGGCUGCAGACUCCUGCUUUCACUCUUGGGGAAUUAAAGCUAACCCAGGAACGUGACACAACGAGGAUGCAGAUGGACGGACACGGAGGACUUGCACGGCCUCUCGACUGGGAUUAUCCCGGGAUAACAAUCACAGAUGUGACGCUUGAGUUCAGACCCUCUGGCGCUUGUGUCAACUUCUAG